GUGACGGUGGCCAGUGUUAUGCCGACACUCGGUGCGGUGGGUAGCCAUCGCUUAGUACUUCUACUCUCCUAGUACCUCUUUACGUGUAGUGUUUAAAAUAAAAUAUAGUUCAAAAACCGUACUAGUGAACACACCUAUCCUGGAACAGACCUUUUUGGAAUUUUUCUACUGCAACUGUUAAUAGUUAACUCAAAAUGGCAACCACAGUGCUCCAGCCAGAAGAAUGUCGGAAGCACGAGCCCAAACCAGACCUGGAGCCACGUGUGACCGACGAGGAGCGCCUCCACAUCCUCGAGGGAAAGGAGAGGGAGACAGGGGACCUCCCACCAGAACUGAGGGAGAGGGCUAGAGUGGAACUGAGAGAGGAAACGGCGCUUAGGGAACAGGCCCUGACGCAGAUGAGGCAUUUCAUUGACAAACAUCCUGCUAUCAAGAAAUGUAGGACUGACGCCCCCUUCUUGCUCCGCUUCCUCCGAACCAAGAAGUACUCCAUCCCCCAAGCUUGUUCCAUGCUGGAACGGUACCUGACCAUCCGGCAGAUGUACCCCCAGUGGUUCCAGAAGCUGGACCCGUUGGAUCCUAAAAUCGCCGCUGUCAUUGAUGCUGGGUAUCUGGUGCCGUUGCCGAAGAGAGACGCUGAAGGCAGAAGGGUGGUGCUGUCUUGUAUGGGCCGCUUUGACCCGCACGUGUUCGACAGCUGCGUGAUGGCGCGCGUGCACUCCAUGAUCGUAGAGCUGCUUCUAGACGAACCGCGCUCACAACUGCUGGGCUACACGCACGUCAACGACGAGGCUGGGAUGCAGAUGCCACACGUGAGCCUGUGGUCGCUGAGUGACGUGCGCAUCAUGCUCAACUGCAUCCAGAAUUCCACGCCAAUGCGUCACAAGCGGACCCACUUCGUCAACAUCCCGACCUACGGAGUCAGAUUCUUCGAAUUUGCAGUGUCGUUGCUUAGCGAUAAACUAAAAGACCGCGUAAUGUUCCACCGUUCAAGUGAGGAUUUGACAAAGCACGUCGAUCCAUCAAUACUGCCGAAAGAAUACGGGGGCACAGUCCCGUUGAGGGAUAUGAUUGAAGAGCUAAAACGGAAUCUAUUGAAACGCAGAGAAGAACUAUUGGCGCUAGAUGACAUGUGCGUCGACCUCUAUGCUUUGGAGAAGAAUGACCUCACUCAAGAUAUCCAUUCCACAGCUGGUUCAUUCCGGAAAUUAGAACUGGAUUAGAAAAUAGUUUUUAACUCAAUAAUUUUACGUAUCAUUGAGUAAUAAAACAAUUUAUAAUUAGAUUAACAGUAAUUACAUCGAUAGUUAAGUUCAUUGCUUUGUAAGUUAUUUGUUACAUUCUUAAUGUGAAUCAAUUUACAAAAAACGUGUUCUUAAAUCAACACUUAAUUUCAAUUAUUAUUUUUGAAACAUAACGGGGUGGGUAAACACAUUCCACAUUGACGUAAAAUAGAUCUCAAGCUUUCAUUGUUUAGUCGUAAGAUUUUCGGAAGUAGAUUUGCUUUUAAUUAAAUAUUAUUUUCCAUUUAAUCGCAGGAGUAUUUUACGUGUUAACUUUUAAUUACCUAUUUUAAGUGACUAGAGAGCUAGUGGCAGCCGUCGGUGGUGUCACGUUACCAUUCUUAUCUGUUUUUCAUUGCCAACCGAUGUUUCAGUUUGCAUUUUAACGUAACAAUUAAGAGCCAUUUCACAAAAAUAUUCCGCGCGAAUUUAGGUAAAAGCUGUCAACGCAACGUCAAAAGAGUAAAAAGAACGCUGAAAUGGACAAAAAAAUCUUGAGCCGUGACCGUAUUAAGACUUGAUUUAAGUUAUUAAUUUUAAGGUAGAAUGAGGUAUUCAAACUUGAUAAAUUAAUUUUUAAUAGAGUUUAUUAAGUCUUUUAUAUUUCGAUUCAUAAUGAAACACGAAUAGGUAUAAUAUGUAAAAUAUAUAUUAAGUACAAAAUAAAGACAGUCACAUAGUGAAAAAAAAAUCUGCCCCCUUACAGCUCCAUCAUCGGACCCUGGAUACGAAUAAUGAAACACGAAUAGGUAUAAUAUGUAAAAUAUAUAUUAAGUACAAAAUAAAGACAGUCACAUACUGAAAAAAAAAUCUGCCCCCUUACAGCUCCAUCAUCGGACCCUGGAUACGAACUAUUCGUCAAGGCGAAUCACACAAGCCCAAACUCCAUAGGGUUCUAUUGUUUUGUUACGGAGGUGGCCAUUGCAUCUCCUCCAGAUCCAUUAUCAGACAGAGCUAAGAAAUAAAUAAAUAAAUAUUAUUAUAAGUAAACAAAUAACUAAAAUAAUUCAUCUUACUAUCUUACUUCUUACUAGUCUUACUAAUAUUAUAAAUACGAAAGUUUGUGUGGAUGUCUGGGUGUUUGUUACACUUUCACGCAAAAACUACUGAACAGAUUUUGAUGAAACUUUACAGUACAGUACAGCAGUACUAGGCAGUCUGUGUUCAACUAUCACUCGGGUCGGACGUUCCUAUCGCAAGACCUUUGGUUCACUCAGUUCCGAUACGACUCUAGUGCUGUGUGUAAUCAUUUUCGUGAAUACACUGAGUUUAUUAAUUUCUACGAGUGGAUUUCAUUUUGACUGAGACCUACGCUAUGAACCCUGAACCAGAAGACCCUGUCGCCAGCGACAGCGACGCUCAUCCAACCCUGGCGUCGACCAGAAUAACAAUGUAUAGGCUAUAAUUUAUGACGAUCUGUGACAAACUAAAUUUCAAGCGGGUGAAGCCGCGGGCAAUACUACAUAUUUCAUACUAGCUUUUUGCCCGCGACUUCUUCUGCGAUGAAGUGGAAAAUGGUUCUAAUAGAAUUAAAAUAUUCUAAGAAAAUUAAUUUUGUUAAAUGAUUAUAUUUUUUGAUAUAAAAUCUACAAAUUAUUGUUUAAAUAUUUGAAUACUUACAAAAUUAUGAGAUCUUUCUAAAACAAAAUUAAAACACUACACCUGCCGCAGAUUUCUUUGCAAACAAUGUUUUUUUGUUUUUCCUUCAGGUGCUAAAAUCACCAGGCUAUUGUGUGCGCAUACUCUGGAGUAUUCCACAUACAACUGGUCGUCGGAGAAGCAUAGAUUUCCAUUAAGUCUACUUCCGCUACCAUAUGAACUCCGCUAAAACUCGUGAGGGCGCCAACACUUACUCGUACUUUUGUAUUGAAAAUUAGUAUGAGCAGCUGCGCACGCGGUUGCCCGUUGCAGGCUCUAUGCAACCACACUAUUUUAAACCGUGGUCCAUAAGCAUGAGAUGGGAAACUGCACUCUAUUGAAUUCUCUUGAAUUUGAUGGUGUUAGGGGAAUCCUAAGAAUGAAUACAGACUUUCCAAUAGAAUCUCCUCAUCAAUAUUGCGAAAUUGCGAGUUGCAAUGCAAUGUUACGUUUUCACUUGUUAUUUUAUUGUUAUCUGACCUUGAUUUUUCAAACACGUGUCAAAAUAAAAAAAAAUAAUUUAAAUCAAAAGUACUAAGGAAUAUUUCAUUGAUAUCAACUUAGAAACAAGCACAGAUCACAGAAACUAAAGGGAAAUGUGACAAGGGACAAAAUGGAACAUAUUGCUUGUGAAAGCAAUGAUGACAGUAGCGACGUCAUUAUGUAAACAGUUUAUAUUGCUUGCAUAGUACUAAAGAUUAUUCGAACGUUGAAUACUGAUACCGCAGUGGAUAAUGAGCACAUAAUUUGAUUUCUUUGUGUGUGUGAAUUUCUAAUACGACACUGAGUUUCGAACUCAGCGCAUUAAUUAGCAUCUCUCUAUAUUUCUAUGGAACCAAGUUAUCUCCAAAAUAACAUUCCACACCUUUUUAACCUAGUCAGGUAAUAAUUUUAAUAAAAUACGAAGCACGUCAUCUAUCAAUAGGAUAUAUGUAUAUUUUAGAAGUUAAUAAAUUAUGCAUAAAAUAUAAACACUUAAGAAGUUUAGUUAAAUCGUAGAAUUUCUGAAAAACAAGUACUAAAAUCGUACUGAAAAAAAAAGUAUUAAUAAUAUGUUAUCUAAUUUAUUUAUUAAACGUCGAAUUUUAUCAAAGAUUUUGGACUAAAGUUUUUGAAAAUAUUUAUAGCCUACAUAGAAAAAAAUUAGGAUUCUAAAUCGUGAAAGAAUUUUUUUUCGGAGCCUAUUGCCUCCAAACAAACAAAGAAACAAUUAAAUCUUUCCUCUUUUAUUAGUAUAGAUUUAACAACAAAGCUUCCCUCUCGAAACAAAACGCUUCUUUUUCUUCUUCACGAAACAAAACUCAAAGCGGAUAAAUAAAUAAACAAAUCUUUGGACAAUUUCACAGCGCCAUCUAGUCCAAAAGUAGGCAACCAAUAUGCUUGUGUUAAGGGUGCUAGCAUAAUGGAUAUACUUUUUUAUAAUUUAUUUAUUAAAUUAAAUACAUGGUCCCUACAUAUUAUACAUAGUUACACCCAGAUCCGUCAAAGAAAUUAAAAUUCAUCAUUUCAAUUUCUGCUCGGCCGGCCGACUCGAAACAGCCUCUCGGCAUAGUAUCAAAUGCAUUUGGUCGCCGUACAAAUCACCGCUUCACGACACGAACGCACGUAAACGUCACGGCGGGAAAAAUGACACAGGUCCUGCCUUGACGGGCGCUCGCGCCAUACUAAUCGAUGUCGGCUUGCGUAUUGUAAUUUAUACUGAUAUUCACAUCAAUAUUUUGACAAAGUGGUUACUAAUAUUUAAACAAUAACUGUAGAAAUCUAUUCUACAAUGAAUAUUCUUUAUUUUGGGAUACUUUUAUUGCAGUUAUUGCUGUGUUUUUAAACCAAAAACCACGAUCAAAAUGUGACGUUAAUCUUCAAAUUUGCCAAAUUAUUUUUAGAUUUUACUCAAUAAUGGUAAUGAAAUUCAAGAAUCUAUUUCAUUAAUGGACUACAAGAAUAUAUGUCCGAUGAUUACUAUAUAUUUUUAAGCUUAUUAUAUGAGCAUAAAUAAUAGAUACAGGACUUUGAAAAUGAGUCUGCGGCAAUUUUUCCGUAAAAUGGUUGUGGGAGAUGGGGCACUGUGAAUUAAGCAAAAGAGUUUUAGUAAAUCCGUUUCAUUAAUGGUCAACACCAAGGAUUGACCUAUCUUUCGCAGUUAUUAAAUAAUCUCUGGGUGUUGCUUAAGAUAGUAAUUCAUGCUUCCAAAAUCUUAGAAAUUCGCACGAAAAUGUAAAAUGGCUCUUAAGAUCUUUACUCAUCUAUCGCUACUUUGUUGUUUACUGCUGAAAUGUUUUUGAGCAUGAAUUUGUGGGUCCACGUAUGUGUAUAUGAAAUCCUACCUUUUUGUCAUAAUUUAGAGAAUUCGUAAUACGACUGGUGGUAUUUUGCUUCAAGAUCCUACGGUGCCUUCGACAUGACAACCUGACUGCUGCAUAUAAAGUUUACGAAAUGUGACUGCUUUAUAAUGUGAACAUGAUUUUAGUUAGGGUAUUUUGUAGUUAUAAAAUCUAUGAGACCUACUAUCUUCGGUAAUGUCCUACAACAUAGGGUUUAAAUAAAUAAAAACUAUAAUUAACAA